AUGGACAAUGAGCGACUAACCAAACGACUCUUCUACGGAGACGUCGCGACGGGUUCUCGCCGUCAAGGCGGCCAGAUUCGCCGUUACACGGAUACCCUGAAGUCCUACCUGAAGCGCUUGCAAAUCAACCCGACCAACUGGGAGGAGCUCGCACUCGAUCGACCGACCUGGAGGAGGACAGUGAAGACAGACGCUGCGAUCUACGAAGCCAACCGCAUCGCUGCCGCCAAAGCGAAACGCGAAGCCCACAAAUACCAAUUUCGUCCAGUACGCAACGCCGCCCAACCGCUUCCAACGUGUCCUCGAUGUCAACGGACAUUCCGGGCUCGAAUCGGACUUGUUGGACAGCUUCGGAUUAACUGCGCCUCUCCAACUGCACCAAACAUCGUCCCCCGCCCGCCUCUUCCUCGUCCUCUCCGCGGCCAACUAACUCUGACAAUUCUUCUGACCCACAACUCCCAUCCUCCUCCUUCUCGUUCACUGCACCAACGACGGCCGCUCAGGCGACUGUCCCGCGCGCAACAACCGACACUACCACCACCUCCCCCGACUUCAGCGAUGAGGAUCAAGACUACACCUGCCCUCACCGCGACCGCACCUUCACCUCACACAUCGGCCUGGUCGGUCACUUGCGAAUCCAUCGUACAGAGACUGGCGACCCAGUCUCUGAAGCACCAAUCUACACCCACCGCACUCGCCUCCACUGUCCACACUGCCCUCGCACCUUCAGGCAUCGCAUGGGCCAAUUCGGCCACAUGCGCAUCCACGAGAGCGGAAUUGACCGCAACUCCGACACACCCAAGACACCCAGCACACCCACCACGCCCAGUCCCACCCUCGCUCUAUCGCCCUGAGCGUCCACCACCACCACCGCCACCACCACCACCACCAACACCAACACCACCACCACCACCACCAUCACCACCACCACCACCACCAUCACUGCGUCCUCCGUAG